UUUUUCAUCCCUCCAACCAAACAAAAAAUGUGAUCAACCCAACUCCGACCCUAAAUACAAAUCAAACAUGAUAUAGAUUGGAGCCAACCUGAGGGUUGGAGCCGACCCAUCCCACUUAGUCCCACAACCAAACACACGGUUAAUCUACUCCGACCCAUUCCCCUCCAGCCUCUCCGCAGAGGUAGAAGAAGCGCAGCUCCGGCAGUAGCAAGAGCUAGCCUGCCAGCAGUGUGUGCGACGACUGAGCUGAGAGGCGGAAAGCUCACUCUGUGACCGUCAGGGAGAAAGAGAGAGAGCAAUGGAGACGAUGGCAGCGGCCAUGCCGCCGCAACAGAGGACGGGGGGCAUCACGCGGAGGCUGGCCAGGCUCCUACGCCGCAAGCGCACCCCGGCGGGGGCGGGGGUGGCGUACUCCGUCGCCGGGGACGAGUUCGACGACUCGCUCGACAGCUCCAUCAACUCGCUCAGCAAGCUCAAGCUCUCCGGCAACCUGGCCGCCGCCUACACGCUGGACGCCCUGUUCAAGAACGCCACGGAGAAGAAGGGGGCGGCGGCGCAGGUGCAGGUGCAGGCGCAGGCACAGCCGCAGCCGUCUCCGGCGCCGGGGCCGGAAGCCUCGGCGAAGCACGCGUUCGUGGCGAGCCUCUUCGCGGGGGCGUCCGCGGUGAAGGCGGCGUACGCGCAGCUGCAGCUAGCGCAGCACCCCUACGACGCCGAGGCGAUCCAGGCGGCGGACGCCGGCCUGGUGGCGGAGCUCACCAAGCUGUCGGAGCUCAAGCGGCGGUACACCAAGGACCCGACCGCCGCGGCCCGGAGCGCGCCCGCCCUCGCGGCGCACGCCGAGGAGCAGCGGCACCUGCUCCGGACCUACGAGAUCACGGCGCGGAAGCUGGAGGCCGAGCUCCGGGCGCGGGACGCCGAGGCCGCCCGCGCCCGCGCCGCGCUGGCCGACGAGCUCCGCGCCGCGCGCGCCCUGGAGGAGCGCGCCCACCCGGGCCGCACCCUCGCCGCGCUGGACGACCUCCACCUGUCGGGCCUCAACGCCACCCACUUCCUCACGGUGCUGCGGCACGCCGUGAAGGCCGUCCGCGGCUUCGCCAGGGCGAUGCUCGACGGGAUGCUGGCGGCCCGGUGGGACCCCGCGGCGGCGGCCGCCGCCGUGCACCCGGGCGCCAGGCUGCGCGACCCGGCGGGGGACGCCCGGUUCGCGCUCGAGUCCUACGUGGCGCUGAAGAUGCUGGCCGGGUUCCACCGCAAGGACCUGGGGCUGAGCUCCCUGCACGCGCGGGCCGCCCACGACCGGCGCCGCUUCUUCGACGAGUUCGCGGCGCUCAAGUCGGCGCCCGCGGCGGAGUUCCUGGACCCCGCUGGCGGCGAGGGCGCGCUCCGCGAGUUCCUGCGGGACCGGUACCUGUCGGUGGUGCACGAGCGGAUGGAGGCGGCCUUCUUCGGCGGGCAGCAGCGCGCCGCCGUGCGCGCGGGCGGCGCGUUCCCGCGCGCGGCGUGGUUCGCGGAGUUCGCGGAGAUGGCGCGGCGCGUGUGGCUGUUGCACUGCCUGUUCUGGGCGUUCGACGGCGGCGCGUCGGUGUUCCAGGCGCGGCCCGGGGAGCGGUUCUCGGAGGUAUUCAUGGAGAGCGUGAGCGACGCGGACGGCGGCGGGAACGGGGCUGCGCCUGCGGUGGCGGCGGGCGGGCAGCUCGCGGUCGGGUUCACCGUGGUGCCGGGGUUCAAGGUCGGGCGGACGGUGAUCCAGUGCCGGGUGUACCUUUCCCGGUCGGAGCGGCGGCCGUGAGCUGCCGAUGAUCCGCGGCGGCAGCGCAUUGCACUUGGGUUGCCCCACGGGUGAAAAAGCGCUCGUCGGACGGCGGCGGCGAGACGAGAUCUGUCGCCGGGCGUGGGGCGGCGCGGCCGUGAGGUUUAAGGGUGGCGGGCAGCAACGGCCUUGGGCCAGCAUGUAGGUGCCCACCCGGACCCGGGUGAUUUCGUAUGUACGUAUUGAUCGAAAUCGAAGCAUGUAUCUACCUACCGCUACGACUACGACAAAUGUAGUAAUAAGACCCUCCACUUUUCAGACUACUCUAUUGUAAUAUACUACAAGUCGUUGCAGUUUUGGUCA